UGUCGUCCCCGCCGAUCUCUGCGGUAAACACACGUCGCCGUUAGCCGAGCAGCUGCUCUCAUGUCUCCCCGGCUCCCGGUGCUGCUCCUCGGCUCGGACUCUCCGGCUCUCUGACAGCCCGCUCUCGGUGUGCCUCUCCCCGGACCGCAGCGAUGCUCCGGUGCUGGUUGAAAGCCGCGGUCGUCCUCUGGCUCGUCCCCGGCUGUGUGGGGACCGCCGCCCGCCUGUACACGGAGGAGGACCCGCUGGUGAUCCUGAGCAGCAGCAGCCUGAAGCCCACCGUCAGUAACUCGUCCUCGGCCUGGUUGGUCCAGUUCUACUCGUCCUGGUGUGGACACUGCAUCCAGUACUCCAGCACCUGGAAGGCCCUGGCCCAGGACGUCAAAGACUGGCAGCAGGCUGUCUCUGUAGCAGUGUUGGAUUGCGCUCAGGAGGAAAACUUUGACGUCUGUAAAGAGUUCAGCAUCAAGUUCUACCCAACGUUCAAAUAUUUUAGAGCUCACAGUCCAGAGACAGACAGAGGGACGACCUACAGAGGUGCAGACAGGGAGAUCCAGUCAGUGAGACAGUUGAUGGUGAACAUCCUGCAGAACCACACCAAGCUGGACUGGCCUGAUCACUGUCCUCCACUGGAACCACACAGCUCUGUGGAGCUGCUCCCUCUGUUGGGUCAAAGAUCAGAUCACUACACCGCCAUCAUCGUAGAGGAACCAGACUCCUACGUAGGACGAGAGGUGAUCCUGGACCUGCUGCAGUACUCCGGUGUGGAGGUGAAGAGAGCUCUGAGCUCUGAUCUCCCCCUGCUGGACGCUCUGAAGAUCACAACCUUCCCCUCCGUCUACCUGCUGCACCCGAACGCAUCACACACACACCUGCACGUGGAGAAGAAGUUGCGUUUCUUCUUCUCCUCCCUGUUGAGGACGCUGCCGGGAGUCCAGCGCCGGUCCAAGUCCAUCAGCAGCAGUUCCAGUGGAGGACAGACGGGGGCGCUGCCAGACCGCCAGAGCACAGAGCCCUGGAGGGACUUCCACAGGUGGAAGGUGUACACAGCUGAUCUGGAGUCGGCCCUGCACUACCUGCUGAGGGUCGAGCUGGCUACCCAUAAUACCCUGGAGGGGGAGGAGCUGAAGAUCUUUAAGGACUUUGUCACUUUGGUUGCCAAGCUGUAUCCAGGUGGGGGCUCCGUGGUGAAGCUGAUGGAGACUCUCUCUGAUUGGCUGCUUAGUCUGCCGCUGCAGCGAAUCCCCUACCAGGCAGUCCUGGACCUGGUGGACAACAAGAUGAGGAUCUCAGGUGUGUUCCUGGGGGCGGAGCUUCGCUGGGUUGGUUGCCAGGGGAGCAGGACGGGGCUUCGAGGUUACCCAUGUUCCCUCUGGACUCUGUUCCACGUCCUCACCGUCCAACAUGAUGCCACACCAACCGCACUGGAAAACACAGGUCUGGAGGGCGAGGCCGCCCCGGUGCUGCAGGUGAUGCGUCGGUACAUCAGGACGUUCUUCGGCUGCGAGCAGUGUGGCCGACACUUCGAACAGGCGGCGUCCGCCACUCUGGACCGAGUCCAGAACCGAGAGGACCAGAUCCUGUGGCUGUGGAACCAACACAACAGGGUCAACUACAGACUGGCUGGCUCCCUGAGUGAUGACCCACUCUUCCCUAAAGCUCCGUGGCCGAGCCCCUCCCUCUGCUCCUCCUGCCACGAGGAGAAAAACGGCGUCCACGUCUGGAACCAAGACAACGUCCUCCACUUCCUGCGACAACACUACGGAGCCUCCAACCUGUCCCCCAAAUACUCCCUGACUCCCCCACGACUCCCUCCUCCUGAUCCUGAUCUCGUCCCUGUGCAGACCAGCCGGCCUCAAGAGGAGCAACGAGGAGGAGGAGGAGAAGAGAGGAAGGAGCCGGAAGAAAGCUCAACCCGGACUCCAGGUUCUGAGGGGGAGGAGAGGGAGGAGAGGGAGGAGGCUGUGGGUCUGGGGGGAGGAGGUGGGGGAGGAGGGGUUUGGAUUCUGGGUCUGGGCUUUAACAGCGUGGACAUGAGUCUCUGUGUGGUCCUGUACGUCUGCUCCUGCCUCUUCCUCAUGCUCCUCUUCUUCUUCUUCAAAGUCCGAUCCAGGAGGUGGAAACUGCGACACUCCCGUCUCCACGUCUGACCCGGUUCUACCCGGUUCAACCCGGUUCUACCCGGACCAGACCGGUUUAUAAAGGACCAGACCGGUUUGUCCCUCUGGUUCUGAGUUGUAGGAGGUUAAAGGUUAAAGGUGCCCACUAACAGCACCAGGACCUGGACCUUACUACUCUCCGUCUCAUUUACAUUUUGGAUUUUAGUGGCUCAGAUGUGGAACCUGGUCUGGAUUUGUUGUAUUUAAAGAACUGGUUUUAAACCUGGACCGGACUCUGAGAUCUGCAUUUAUUUAUUUUUACUAAAACUGGAUCCUGGAACCAACCUGCUGGUCUGGACCAGGUGCACUGGACCAGGUGCACUGGGUCAGACUGGUUCUGCUGUGUUCACUUUGUGCCAAAUGUUUGACCUGCUGACAGACUCACCUGUCCUCGCAGGGCCCGCCUCCUCCGUGUGUGUGUGUGUGUGUGUGUGUGUGUGUGUGUGUGUGUGUGUGUGUGUGUGUGUGUGUGUAUCUCAACUGUGAAACCCCAUCCUCAUGAAUGGAUCUCUACACACUGAUUGAUUGAUUGGGUGGUUGAUUGAUUGAUUGAUUGGGUGGUUGAUUGGUUGGUUGAUUGAUUGAAGGUAUUAUUGAUCCGUGUGUCUUGGCGCCCCCCUGUGGCGACUGCAGACACAAACUGUAACAGAGUCUGACCACAUAAAAGUUUAGAUUUUUACAAAUAUAUUAAUGAUUGAUUAAUGAUUGAUUAAUGGUUGUUGUAGAUUUUUGUUUUUGCUUUAUUUUUCUAUAAAAAACUCUAAUUCUGGAUUUCAGAGUCACAAACUGAAAUCAAUAUUGGGGCAUUUAAAAUAGCUGAUAACAGAUCAGCUGAUACACAACGAUCACUUUGGUUAUUAUUGAUCGAAUAUGUGAGAAGACAUUUUACUGUGUAAAAAGAAACGAUAAACUCUGAGCAGCAGCAGUUUGUUACAUUUAAACCUUUCAGCCUUGAAUUCAUUAUUAUUGAUUUCAAACCUCUCCAGGUUUUCCAGGUCUUUCAGACUCUGUUAAAGUUUGUUCAGGAGCAAAAGUGUAAAGUAUUAAAAGUGUUUUUUUAUUAUCAGGAGUCACUCUGUGAUGUCACGUGUUACACGUGCUGAUGGUGUGAUGUCAUAGUGAUGUUUUCAAGGAGCGUGAAAUUAAAUGUUUUUUAUUUUAAACAGAUGAAUGUGACGUCUUUAAGGUUUAUUUUAACAUUUUGAAUGAAAAAUCUGUUUUUCUUUGGAGGACAACCCAGAAAUAAAAUAAAAAAAUUAUUAUUUUACUGCUGCUGAGUUUAAUUAGACUGCAAAUAAAGAGAAACCGUUAAAAUAAAUUUAAUUAAUUGAAUUAUUUUCCUACAUUGUGAAUAACACAUUUAAUUCUGUCCACAUGAAUUACAAGUUUGUAUUUUUUUCAACAUUAAAAGUAAUAAAACUGCUUAAAUGCAAAAAGAAAACAAUAAAAGUCAAAAUGGAAUUAAACUUUAAACCUUAAAAUGUUUCACAGAAACUGAAAACACAAGAAAGAAGCAUUUAAGAUUUUACAUUUUGAUUAUAAGUUGUUCUUUCUUCAGGAGUCAUUUUAUUUUUAAUUAUUUACUUGUUAAAUCAAAAUUUCAGCCGUUUUUUGUUUAAAUUUUCUGUUUGAUUUUAUAAAUUUUAUCAAUUACUAAUUUUGGCCUUUUCUUCCUUUUUAAGGUUACACAAAUUUUUAUUUUAAAGUAUUUUCAUGUCUUUAUAUGAUAAUGACAGCUGAAGACAGAGAGAGGGGAUGAUACGCAGCAAGGGGCCACAGGUCAGGUUCGAACCCUGGGCCGCUGCAGCAUGGACUCAGCCUCGGUACGUGGGAUGCCAGCUCUACCCACUGAGCUAACCGGGUGCCCAAUGUUACACAUCUUUAAUCUAUUUAUUUUUCUGGCUAAAAUGAUCCCCUGUACUUCUGUGAACAGCCUGUACCUUCAGGUAAACUCUGUGGUGUUGAUUCUUUAUCAGCACUUUGUGUUUGUGAGUUCGACAGUGAUGGAGUGAAGAGUCAGGAGGAUGUUUUAUCUGCUGGUCCCUGAACGCACCGUCCCUCCUCACUGCUGUUUGUACUUUCUGAUGAUGUUUUAAUGAGAUGUAAAUAAUCCGUCUGAAUAAAUCCUGGUGCUGCAGCUCUCA